GCUGAAGUCACAGAGAGUUGAAAAGGGCAAGGGCCUAGAGCUAUCUCCAACUUCAGCUCCAGAGUCUCUGGUUUCUGUUCAAGGACAAAUGGCACAGCAUACUUUCCAAGAUCAAGAACAAAGGACCUCCAUACGGCAGAAUAGAAAAUCCACUGAUGACACCAUGCAACCAAAGGUACUAAUGGCUUUUAGGGAUAUACAAAAAGAGCUGCAGGAAGAUGCUCGGAUUCAAGGUAAAAAAGCAGCAUUUCAAGGUUUGGAUAAGCCAAAAGUGGUGGGAGGGAACAAGAGGGAGUUCAACCCAAAGUUUCAUCUUUCCUUUGGGGAUGAGCAACUGCUCCAUGAUACCCAGGUCAUUUGCAUUUGGGACUGGAUACAGUCCUUCCUGAACCAGGAAAUGAAGGCGAACUCCCUGACCCUGUUUGAACCAAAUUUGAUCCUUUCUCAGACAGCUGGCUCUAGUGAAAUAAAAACCAUAAGAGACAGAUCAUUAUACUUUAAAUUGAUCAGUGCUAAAACCAUGAAAGGAAUAACUGACCGGUAAUCUCAUCUUUACAUACAUUUUAAGUGUAAUUACUGUAAACUUUUAUAACGAGAAGCACUUUUGUUUGGUAAAAACCACAUUGGACCUAUGAUUUUACUUAAUUUUAAUAUUCCUCUGAGGCCAGCAUGAGGAACUAUCCUGACUUUCCUGAUGAGGACACAAGCUCUCAUAAGCUAUGACACUACAUCUCCUAAGACCUAGCAAGGGCUAUUCCCUGUGGGCCACAUGAUCACCAGAGAAUUGCAACUCCCAGAGCUAGUGAUUCCCAUUCCUGGUGGAAUGUGAUGAGAAAAUCCUUCAGGACAGUGAAAACCAGGACAGGGGGGAGGGGUGGAUGAGAUCACUCGCCGCCAUAUAUU